AACAUUCACCAUACAUUUCCCAACCUUAAUUUCAGUAGCUCUUCUCUUCCUUUUCUCCUUCUCUGUUUAUUUGCUCCUGCCGGCUCUAUCAAGAGCUAAGAAAAUGUCUGGCAAUGGCAGCAUGGACGAAAAUAAGGUGCCGUUAUUAGACUACUCAUCGGCCCAGGUCGUCGAAAAUAACAUUGAAGAAGAAGAAGAAGAGGAGAAGAAGUUUUUGGGGAGGUUUUGGGUGGAAUCAAAGAAGCUAUGGCAGAUCGUGGGGCCGGCUAUCUUCAGCCGUAUAGCUUCGUACUCCAUGUUCGUGAUCACCCAAGCAUUCGCCGGCCACCUGGGAGACCUGGAACUGGCGGCGAUGUCGAUCGCCAGCAACGUGAUUCUGGGGUUCGACUUCGGGUUGAUGCUGGGCAUGGCUAGCGCCCUGGAGACGCUGUGCGGGCAAGCGUUCGGGGCGAAAAGGUAUGACAUGUUGGGGAUAUAUCUGCAGCGGUCGUGGGUGGUUCUGUUUCUGUGCUGUGUGGUGAUGCUGCCGUUGUUUUUCUUCGCGACGCCGGUGCUGAAGGCGCUGGGGCAGGCGGAGGACGUGUCGGAGCUGUCGGGGGUGGUGGUCAUGGCGUUCUUGCCGCUGCACUUCUGCUUCGCGUUCCAGUUCCCGUUGCAGAGGUUCCUGCAGAGCCAGCUUAAGAACUCGGUGAUUGCUUGGGCGAAUUUUGUAGCUCUCAUCGUGCAUAUUCUCCUCAGCUGGCUCAUUGUUUACCGGUUCCAGCUCGGAAUCAUCGCCACCGCCUUGACCUUGAACUUCUCCUGGUUCGUCAUCUUCUUUGGGCUGCUUGGCUACACCGUUUGCGGCGGCUGCCCCCUUACCUGGCCGGGCUUCUCCAUGGAAGCUUUCACUGGCCUAUGGGACUUCUUUAAACUCUCUGUUUCAUCCGGAGUCAUGCUAUGCUUGGAAAAUUGGUACUACAGAAUUUUGAUAGUGAUGACAGGGAAUUUGGAGAAUGCUAAAAUUGCCAUUGAUGCGUUGUCAAUAUGUAUGAACAUUAACGGCUGGGAAAUGAUGAUUCCUCUUGGUUUCUUCGCUGGAACUGGUGUUAGGGUAGCCAAUGAGUUGGGAGCGGGGAAUGGAAAAGGAGCAAAGUUCGCCGCAUUUGUAUCAGUAUCACACUCCAUGAUAAUUGGUCUCUUCUUCUGGCUGCUAAUCCUAACCUUCGACAACCAGCUUGCCCUAAUUUUCUCCUCUAGUCAAACCGUUCUCCAAGUUGUUCAUGACCUCUCAUUCCUCUUAGCAUCCACCGUUCUUCUCAAUAGCAUUCAACCAAUCCUAUCAGGGGUGGCUGUUGGAUCAGGAUGGCAAGCAUAUGUAGCAUACAUAAACCUUGGGUGCUACUAUUUGGUUGGAGUCCCUCUUGGCAUUAUGAUGGAAUGGGUUUUCCACCAAGGUGUCAAGGGUAUAUGGGCUGGGAUGAUCUUUGGUGGAACCGCGGUGCAAACUAUAAUCUUGUGUAUAAUCACCAUAAGAUGUGAUUGGGAAAAAGAGGCUCAGAAGGCGAAUAACCACGUUAAGAAGUGGGAAAGCGUGGGUCAUGGCGCCUCGUAAAAGUUUAUAAUUUUCAUUUGUUAAUAUAUAUUCAUAUAAUAUAUGAUGGCGAAAAUUUACCAAUUUUGAGGAAUUGGUCUUUCAUUUAAUGGAUUUCAAUUUCUAUU